UUUGCCAAUGCAUGUGGGAUUCCUCGGAGUAUCUGAAAUAUCUCUGGUAUUUGGCGGUUUAAAUAAGAUUUAUCUGCUGGAAGACGAUAAACCAAGAAUGGAGUCGACAAACAAGUCUGAGGAGAUCACAGAGAUGGUGUGUUUACAAUCUGAUCUGCAAGAUGGACAAAUGAAGCAGGUUGUUGUGGACAAUCAUAAAAUCUUGUUGGUGCGUAAUAAGGGUGAAUUUACUGCUGUGGGUGGUCUUUGCACUCAUUAUGGUGUACCACUUAUCAAAGGUGCGCUGGUUGGAGAUCGAGUUCGGUGCCCAUUACAUGGGGCGUGUUUCAAUACUAAAACUGGAGAUAUUGAGGAAUUUCCUGGGCUGGACUGUCUGCCUACAUACAAGGUCAAAGUUGAGGAUGGGAAAGUUUACAUCACUGCUGGAAAAAAGAUGCAGAACAAGCGAGUUAAGGAAAUGAGUGUUAGAGUCCCUGGGGUCAGUCAUACUUUUGUGAUAAUUGGAGGAGGUCCAGCUUCUUUGCAGUGCGCAGAAACCCUUCGACAGAAUCCUAACGAAGGGAGAAUUAUAAUAGUUAGCAAAGAUGAGCAGUUACCGCUGGAUAAGACCAAGCUCAGCAAGGCAAUGAAUAUUGAAAUUGAAAAGAUACUGCUUCGGCAGGGGGACUUCUUUCAAAAGUAUGGGAUCGAAGUAUGGACUAAGAAGGAGGUAAUGUCUGUUGACACAGAGGCAAAAACGGUUACUCUCAAUGAUGGCACUAAACAACACUAUGACCAGCUCUUGAUUUCUACAGGUGCCAGACCCAGACCACUGCAAUGCCCUGGCGCUGAGCUAAAAAAUGUGAAAUUGCUGCAGAGCUAUAAGGAUGCCAUUGAAAUUCAUCAGAUCAGUGUGGGGAAAAGAGCAGUAAUUGUUGGAACUUCAUUUAUAGGAAUGGAGGUUGCAGCUUAUUUGUCAGACAAGGCAUCCAGUGUUACUGUUAUUGGAAACAGCAAGUUUCCUUUCCAGUCAUCCCUGGGUCCAGAUAUUGGAAAAGUGACAAUGCAGAUGUUGGAGGAAAAAAAAGUGAAGUUUUACAUGUGCAAUGGUGUGACUGAAAUUCGUGGUGAAAAUGGAAAGGUGUCAUACCCAACACAGAUUUCCUUAAGGGAACAUUAGUGGAAAUUGAUUCCCAGAAGGCUGUUGUCGUUGAUAAGUUCAUGAGAACUAACAUUCCUGAUAUCUUUGGUGCUGGAGAUGUGGUGUCCUUUCCACUUCCUCUGGUCGGGCAUAGGAGGGUCAAUAUUGGACACUGGCAGCUGGCACAAGCUCAUG